AUGUCUGCAGAAGAAACCAAUCAAUUCAACGUUCAAGGUUACAACAUCGUGACCAUCCUCAAGAGGUUGGAGGCUGCCACCUCGAGAUUGGAAGACAUCACCAUCUUCCAACAAGAGGCUGCCAAAGAGAGGCCCAGCGAGCCAGCGGCUCAGAAGUCAAUUGAGUCCAAACAGGCGGAUGCAGCCGCAGCUCCGCCCCAGAAGGCAGUGCAGCAAGAAAAGGCCAAGUCCGUGGUCGCUUUCGAGCAGUUUUACAAGUCCAUAGUGGAGCCAUUUGUCACCAAGUCCAAGGAGAUCGACCCCUUGGUGGCGGAAGCCGCCGAAUCGUUGAGCCAAUCGUUCGCCGCCCAGAUCACCUUCCUCGACAUCGUCAGCAAGGCUAAGAAACCCGAAAUGAGCGACCCUGCCUUCUUGGAAAUCUUGAACCCCAUCAACGAGAAAAUCAGCAAGAUCAUCGACUUGAAGGAUAAGAAUAGAAGAUCGGAAUAUUUCAACCACUUGAACACCAUCAGUGAGGGCUCUCCAGUUUUGGGAUGGAUUGUGACCGAAACUCCAGUGUCCUUGAUCCCUGAAUUUAAAGACAGUGCCAAGUUCUGGUCAGACAGAGUUUUGAAGGAAUACAAACAAAAAGACGCCAAACAUGUCGAGUGGGUCAAGGAUUUCUCCAACAUAUUUGAUGAGCUCAAAACCUACGUUAAGGAAUUCCAUUCUACUGGACCAUCCUGGAACUUAAAGGGUAAACCCAUUUCAGAGGUUAUUGGAGAAGUGAGCAAGGACUCCAAGUCAAGUGCUCCAGCUCCAGCCGCAGGCGGUGCUCCACCUCCACCACCUCCACCACCACCUCCUGCCCUUUUUGAGGAUCAACCAAAGCCUGAAGGUGGUAUCAAUGCAGUCUUCGCUGAUUUGAACAAGGGUGAAAACAUCACUUCUGGUCUUAAGAAGGUCGAUAAAUCUGAAAUGACCCACAAGAACCCCGAAUUGAGAAAGCAAGCAACGGUUCCAGUUUCCAAAAAGCCUUCUCCUCCAAAGAAGCCAUCAAACUUAUCUACCAGCACACCUCCAAAGAAGAAGCCAGCCAAGACCACAUUGGUAGAUGGAACUAAAUGGAUCGUUGAAAACUAUACUGAAGCUGAUAUUCCUGACCAAAAGCCAAUCACCCUUGAGGCCGAGAUGCAUCAGUCCAUUUACAUCGGUAACUGUACUGGAAUUACCGUGCAAAUCAAGGGCAAGGCCAACGCUAUUUCUAUUUCUGAAACUAAGAAUACUGGUGUGGUUGUGGAUUCAUUGAUUUCUGGAGUUGACAUCAUUAAGUCUUUCAAGUUUGGUUUGCAAGUCACUGGUGUUGUUCCAAUGAUCAGCGUUGACAAGUCUGACGAGGGUAGCAUCUAUCUCUCCAAGGAAAGCGUGGAGGCGGAUACCCAAAUCUUCACCAGCAGUACCACUGCAUUAAAUGUCAACGUUCCUGAGGGCGAUGACGAUUAUGCCGAAUUGGCCAUUCCAGAGCAAUUCAAGCACUCGAUUAGAAACGGCAAGUUGGUUAGCGAGGUGGUUGAGCAUGCCGGUUAG